AUGACAGAGUAUUUUGCUUCAAGUCAGCUUGACCAGCUUAGUGCUGCGGAACCAGUCGAAAGAUUAAUUACACAGUACCUUUUAGAGAGGGUUCCGGAGUUCCGUGACCUUAGUGAGCUCCGUCGCAAGGGAUGGGACAACCCCAAGGGUGAUACCUUCUUCAAGAACCAACGUCAGAAUGCCGACAACCCGGAUAAAAAAACCAGUGAAUGGUUCUUCCGUAUGAUGAAACAGAUUGCAGAGGAACUUCACAUUAGCACGGACGCCUUUUCGAUAAAUCCACCAUACGGUCGCAAACCUCGAAUUCUAGAUCUCUGCAUGGCCCCAGGCGGAUAUCUCUACACGGCAUUGCAGAAAGUCCCCGGUGCUGAGGCUCUAGCAUUCAGCCUCCCAACUUCUAACGGCGGCCACCAAGUUCUGUUACGCCAGACUCAGGGUGUCGAAUGUAGAUUUCUCGACGUCACCAUGCUCGCAGCUGAUAUGGGAACGGAUACUAUCCCAGCCUCGCACCCCGAGUCCGAUGGUUUUAUCGAAAGACAACUCCAAGCAAGAGAGAAAUUUGAUCUGGUUUUGUGCGACGGCCAGGUUCUUCGAACCCAUAUCCGCCCCGAAUAUAGAGAGAGCCAAGAGGCAGUAAGGUUGCAUACUGCGCAAUUAGUUCUUGGAUUAGAACACCUUGAGCCGCUUGGAACAAUGGUUGUUCUUCUCCACAAGCUCGAGGCCUACAGGACGGUGUCUGUGAUCCGGAGAUUUUCAACAUUCUCCAAUGUGAAGCUAUUCAAGCCCUCGAAAUCCCAUUGCACUCGGUCCUCCUUUUACAUGGUUGCAACUCACGUGCAAAGCCAGCACGACAAUGCCAUCCGGGCAAUCGCUGAGUGGAAAACGAUGUGGAAUAUGACAACAUUUGGUACAAAGGAAGACUAUCUACGUCACGCUGAGAACGCAAAGAAAGAGGAAUAUGUUCAGUUUGAAAAUUUUGGCCCAGAGCUGGUGCGAUUGGGAAGGGAUAUUUGGAGGAUCCAGCGGGACGCAUUGGCCCGAGCCCCUUUCAUCCGCAACACUCAUUAG